AACUUGUUCUGUUUUACUUUUAUUUCAAAACCAAGAAUGAUUUGAAUUGAACUUUUUAAACCACUAAAAACUGAAACUCUAUAAACACUUCAGAAUUUAGAGGUUACACAGUUUUGGUGAAAAUGACACGAGACAAGUACGUUGUGUUUCUCCUUAUAUAAUUAACACAUCGACGUCAUUCCCACAAAGUCUAUAUGACCAAAAGAUUUGAAAACACUUUAUAAUCACAUAUUAACAUGACAAUUACAUAUCCUAAUUAAUUAUGGUACCAGCAGUGAAUCCUCCAACCACAUCAUGCCACGUAGCAGUAAUCGGUGCCGGAGCAGCAGGACUCGUGGCAGCUCGAGAGCUCCGCCGCAGUGGCCACUCUGUGGUUGUCUUCGAACGUGGGAACCAAAUCGGAGGCGUGUGGGCUUACACGCCUAACGUGGAACCCGACCCACUUAGCAUCGACCCGACCCGACCCGUAAUCCAUUCGAGCCUCUACAGUUCUCUCCGAACCAUCAUCCCGCGAGAAUGCAUGGGUUUCACCGAUUUUCCGUUUUCAACCCGACCCGAGAACAGGUCUAGAGAUCCGAGAAGACAUCCGGGUCAUAGUGAGGUUCUUGCUUACCUGAAAGACUUUGCGAGGGAGUUCAAGAUCGACGAGAUGAUUCGGUUCGACACGGAGGUUGUGAGGGCUGAGCCGGCGGCGAAGAAUCCCAAAAAGUGGAGAGUCGAAUCUAGAAACUCCGGUGAUGUCUCCGACGAGAUUUAUGACGCCGUCGUCGUUUGUAACGGUCACUAUACGGAGCCUCGUCAUGCUCUAAUCCCUGGCAUAGAUUCAUGGCCAGGAAAACAAAUUCACAGCCACAAUUAUCGAGUUCCAGAUCAAUUUAGAGAUCAGGUGGUGGUGGUGAUCGGAAGCUCAGUGAGCGGAGUCGAUAUAAGUAGGGAUAUAGCAAAUGUUACAAAAGAAGUCCAUGUAUCUUCAAGAUCAACUACACCGGAAACAUACGAAAAACUUCCCGGUUACGACAACUUAUGGCUUCACUCUACAAUUGAAACUGUCCGAGAAGAUGGUUCGGUGGUAUGGAAUCGAAAGACGGUUUACGCCGAUACCAUUAUGCAUUGCACCGGGUACAAAUAUUACUUCCCAUUUCUCGACACCAAAGGCGAAGUAAUCGUUGAGGAUAACCGUGUUGGACCAUUAUAUAAGCAUGUUAAUGAUUUUACAAGUGGAAGACUCUUUAUGUCAAUAGACUUAUUAGUUAAUGUUUUGGAUGUUUAUAGGUCUCCUUUUCCAAUGUUUGAACUCCAAAGCAAGUGGGUAGCCGUGGUUUUGGCGGGUAGGGUUAAACUCCCCUCACAAGAAGAGAUGAUGGAAGAUACAAAGAUGUUUUAUGCAAAGCUCGAAGCCUCAUGUAUUCCCAAAAGAUACACACAUCUUAUGGCAGAAUUAGAUUCUCAGUUUGUAUACGAUAAUUGGCUUGCUGAUCAAUGUGACUAUCCUCGAAUCGAAAAAUGGAGAGAGCAAAUGUUCUACAACGUGUUCAAGAGAAUACAAGCCCAAUCCAAUAAAUAUAAGGACGAUUGGGAUGAUGAUCACCUCAUCGCUGAAGCAUAUGAAGAUUUCGUCAAAUUCACAUCUAACUAUCCAAGUUCUUUAAUCGAAUCUUGAAUAAAGAAAGAGAAUAAACAAGAGCCAUAGCUUGUUGCUGCAGUCAAAAGAUCUUGCUUUGUCCAAUUUGUUUUCACAAUAAAAUUAUAUAACUU